AUGUCUUCCACAGCAGAGUCGCCUUCCCUUGCCACCAAAGACGAGAGUAUGAGUGAUAUCGAGGACGGUGGGUCUAUCAAGAACAAUGAUGAUAAGAUCAUGGAGUCAAAGCAGCCCCCCAAGGUUGACUGGUCACUAUUGGCACAGUUCCUCAUUCUUGGAUUUGUGGCAUUGGCUCCUUGGAACUUCGUCUUGGCCGAUCUGCCUUAUCUGGAUUCUAAGUUCCAUAACCAUUUUAGUUCCACUGUCCCUAUUAUCUACUCUGUUGCUGUCAACGUUGCCCAGCUACUAUUAAUUUGGGUAGGUAACAAGUUCAGCUUUGCCCCCCGAUUCGAUUGGGGAUGUGGGAUCUUGGCUGUUUUCAAUAUCCUACUAGCUGUUGUUGCCAUGACCAUUGGUGAUGGUAAUCCGUGCACUAAUGAAGGGUUAGGUUUUGGUCUUGCUCUUGUGUGUGUAUUCUUGCUCGGUUUCGGCCAUGCAUUGAUGGAAUCCUCUUCCUUUGGUCUUGCUGCUUUAUGUCCAACAUCAUGUAUGAUUGCUGAUAUGACUGGUGAAGGUGUGGCUGGUUUGGUAGGAUGGCCUAUCAAUAUGCUUCUACAAGUUAUCUUUGAUGCUGGUAAUGUACGUCGUCAACAAGAAUGGCAGUGUCUCGUUUUCUUUUGCGUUACAUCUGUUAUUACUGUUUUCGUUAUUCCUAUGUAUCGAUGUAUCACUUCUAAGCAUCCUUAUAUGAGAGAAGUGCUGAAGAUUGAGGAGAAGCGUAAGACGGCUAGUUUGAAGACUCGUCAGACUAGACGCCCGGUUAUCUAUAUUGUCAAGGAUAUUCUACCUAUGGCUCUCUGUGCAUGGGGUACCAUGGGUGUUACCUUUGUGGUCUUCCCCGCACAAGUUUCAUAUUGGAAGUCUGAGGAUCCUACCAAUACCGGUUUCGUAGCACAGGUUAUCUAUACCUUCCAGGUUGUUGAUACCAUCGGACGUUUCGCACCGAGCCUGAAGUUCGACAUGCCCGAAUGGUGUUUGAUGAUCUGGGUUACUGCUCGUCUUAUCUACAUCCCACUCUUCAUCUGUGUGAGUUUGUAUCCCAUGUUGGUCCCAUUCUAUUAUGACUGGUUCAAGCAUCUCAUAAUGGGAUGCUUUGCCCUCACUAAUGGUAGUGGCUGUACCCUAUCAAUGAUGAAGGGGCCUACUCAUGCGAAGGGGUCAUCCGAAGAAGAAGUCUCUGGGUAUGUUAUGGCAUUUGGCCUUAUUUCUGGCAUCUUGACUGGAAGUAUCUUUGGUCUUAUUGCCAACAUAUGCCUUGGACAGAGCACUUAA